CGUCCUGCGGAGCUGAAGCCAUGGCGGCGUGCCGGGGAUCCUCGUCCACUAAGUGGUUUCUAACCCGGGAGCAGCUCGACAACACCCCGUCCCGUCGGUGCGGGGUCGAACCGGACCGGGAGCUAUCAUAUCGGCAACAAGCGGCCACUCUGAUCCAGGACAUGGGCCAGAGACUCAACGUCUCCCAAUUAACUAUAAAUACAGCUAUUGUUUACAUGCAUAGGUUUUACAUCCACCACUCAUUCACCAAGUUCCACAGAAAUAUCAUAUCUCCAACGGCGUUAUUUUUGGCUGCGAAAGUGGAAGAGCAGCCGAGAAAGCUAGAGCAUGUGAUUAAAGUGUCACACGCGUGCCUAAACCCACAGGAAGCGCCGCUUGACUCCAAGAGUAACGCCUACCUCCAGCAAGCUCAAGAGCUGGUGCUUCUUGAAACCAUAGUGCUGCAGACCCUUGGCUUUGAAAUUACUAUUGAGCACCCACACACAGAUGUGGUGAAAUGUUCCCAGCUUGUGCGAGCAAGCAAGGAUCUGGCACAGACUUCCUAUUUCAUGGCUACCAACAGCCUCCACCUCACCACAUUCUGCCUUCAGUACAAGCCCACAGUGAUUGCGUGCGUGUGCAUCCACCUGGCGUGCAAGUGGUCCAACUGGGAGAUUCCCGUGUCCACGGAUAGGAAGCACUGGUGGGAGUACGUGGACACGACGGUCACCCUGGAGCUGUUGGACGAGCUGACCCACGAGUUUCUGCAGAUCCUGGAGAAGACGCCGAGCAGGUUAAAAAGAAUCAGGAACUGGAGGGCGACGCAAGCUGCCAAGAAGCCCAAGGGAGACGGCUCCGCCGACGGCUCCUUCUCCGGACACUCCCUGGGAGAGUCCUCCCUGCUGGACACCUCCAUGGGCGCCGCCUCCUCCUCCUCCUCCUCCAACCCCUGCUUCCCUAAACCCAGCACCUCCUACCCCCUGUCCAUGACCAGCACGCCCCUCUCUGCGGACGGCCUGGCCGGCUCCUACGGCACCGGGGACUGGCCCCAUGCCAGCUACUCCGGCACCCCCCUGAAGCAGGAGCCCACGGAGCCGGCCCUGUCCCUGCCCUCCUCCUCCUCCGCCGCCGCCGCCUCCUCGUCCUCUUCCACUGCCUCCCUUUUACCCCACCCGCCGUAUAGGACUGAUAAGGGGCCGGGCCCCACCCUGGUCAAACACGAACACAAAGGAGGGACCAGGCACCCGCCGCUGCCGGCCGGCCUGCCCCCCAACCUCUCCGCCGCCUUCCCCCCGCCGCCCCUGGCCGUCUCCCCGCUGCUCACGCCCCAGGGCCAGAGGCUGUCCCUGGACAAGUACCGCGAGAAGCAUCGGGGUGGGGCGGAGGACUCCUCCCACUCUUCCGCCGGCCAACCGGAGCACAGGAAGCACCCGCCGGGCCCCGACACGCCGGCGAAGGCGAAGCACCAUUCCUCGUCGGCGUCGGGGCACGAGCGGCGCCACCACGGCGAGAAGCGCGACAAAGGCGGAGCGCACGGAUCGCUGAAGCUCCGCCUCCCCCUGCCGACGCCCACGCCCGGUAUAGGCGGUUCCCAAGGCAACCGGGAGGAGCUCAAAAUGAAGAUCAAGGUGGAGCGCCACAGCUCGUCGGACGAGAGCGUCGCGGCGGCGGCGGCGGUCGCCAACAGCAACAGCAGAAGUAAACAUUCCAGUCCGCUGGUGAGCAAGGAGAAGCACGCGCACCGCGGCGGUGAACACGGCCUCCAUCGCCACCAUCAGAAGCACGCCGGCCACGCGCACAGCGGCAACGGGAGCGGGCCCGCCGGAGCGGUCGCCACGGAGGCCGCCGCGAUGCUGCUGUCGUCGUCGUCUUCGUCGUCCCGCAAGAGGACGCACCCGGAGGCGGGCCACAACCAACACUCCUCCUCAUCCGGCUCCUCCAGAGCCGGCAAAAGCUCCAAAGGAGGGGGCGGUGCUGCAGGUGGGCUGUGGGCGUCCCAGCAGCUGCCGGCCACUAGCGAGCCGACACACGAGGCGGGAGAGCAGAGACACUGAGCCUGGAGCUUGACGACUGUAACCCCCGGCAACCGUAACCCUCACCGACCAGGCCGCCAGCCACAGGACCAUGCAAGGCACCCAGGACUUGCUACACCUUUUUUUCAGAAUAAGUCUCCCUCCCCCCCCCCCCCCCCCCCCCACAGGAAGGAGAAACAUAAUUAAAAAUAAACAAUGAGAUGAUGGCAAACCUUUUGCUUCAAGGCAGAAAUUGAGUGGGGAAAAGAAAGAGGAAAUCUUUAUUGUGAAAGCGAUUGUUGGACUUCUCUGGUUUUUCAAAAGAGAAGAUGCAAAAAAAUCAACUAAAGAUAUACAAUGAAUUGAUGCUUCCAGAUCUUCUGAUCUCCGGGCCGGGAUGGUAAAUCCUGUCCACUACUCCAAGUAUGUGAAAUUGCUGCUUUGUUCCCCAUAGCCUGAAUGGAUGUGGGUGCGUUGGAGUGUGAGUGUUCAUUUUCCACAAACUGGGGACUGGUUUCACUAAAUAUGUGGGGUAAAGGUGAAAGUGUUAAUACUGGAAAGACAGAGUGACAUUUCUCCAUUCUUCACUUCUUCAAAUCUUCUUUGAAAUGUAUAAUUUAGUUGAUCAGCAUGACUGCAACUGUGAGGAACGUCGAGAACGUAAAGGUUCUGGGAAAAGUUCAGUUUGGUUUCCGCUUUUCCCAUUUAUUUUAUAUAUUUUUUAGUUUGUUGAAAUUGUUCUUUAUUUUUUAGUGUUGCCUUCGCUCAACUUCAUUCAGUUCUUUCCUCCUCACUUAUCAUAUUUUCUACUUAGAUACUGUACGUAUGCUCUGCAUGUUUCAACCUCCAAAGGGAUUUCAAAGCAGAACUGACUCGUGUUUACAGCGAUGGUGGAGAUAAGUGUACAUACGUUGUUGUAUGUUUAAAGACAAAUGUGUAUAAGAUGGAUAGAUAUAUCUACAAAAUGACUACUCAGGUUUGGAGCUGCUUGUAAGUAUAACAAGAUGUCUAUAUACCUUUAAAAAAAAAAAAAAGCAUACUGUUGGAAUCAGGCGUUUGUCAGGCGAUUGCAGCAUUCCGCUGUUGUGUAUGUGUGCUUCCCAGAGCCUGUAGUUUAUUUCACGGCCUGAAGGGGGCGCCAAAUCCCCAGGGAAUCCCUCGGGCCACAUGGGCACAUCCAACACUUAUCUUGACACUUCGAUGCGAUGCAAUUUAUAUUUUCUUUUUUAAUCUCCAAGAAAACCUUAAGCUGAAUGCCAAAGGCCCUGCCUCAGAAUAAUGUUUAAAAUAUUUUGAUUAAUAGUGCUAUACAAGUUUACAUUUCCCUCUUGCUUUCAAGUGCAUUUAAAAAGAAAAAAAAAUGCUCACAUCAAUUGAGCCCUUUGCCUGUACAUUAGUGGUUAGAUUAGUGAAACCUAAACAGUGUGAACCAGGUCUAUGUGAUCUGUGUAUCAGUGUUAUUAUACAGUGACCGUAUGCAAACCCUAAUGAGACAAAAUCUUACCAUUCACCUACCUGCACUGUAAAAAGAAAAGGUUAAUUUCUGGUCAUUAUUUCAUUUAUUACAAGUAAUAUCUCAGAAAAUAUUGUUUUCAAGUUGUUUUGCAUUUGUAGAUUUGUUUUGCUGAUGGCCUGAUUUAGCGAGAGGUUCAACUCUUGGUUGUUCCCUGGGGCAAGCGACUUGGCCACGGAAAAAUAAAAAGCUUUUUGAUAAAGCAAACGAAGUGCAGUAGACCUUUUUCGACAUUCAUUAUCCAACUUCAACCAUCUUUAAUUGAGUAAUACAAUCACACGGCAAAGGUACCUUUUUUAAAGAUGCAUUAAAACACAAGAUAUUCAUUGUGUGUCUUCAUUGUGCCGCUGCUCUCCUUAAAGGUCUCGGUACAUAAGUAGGCCUACAUGUCAGUCGUAAGACGUGGAGACUUGGGUUGAGUUAUGUUAACAAUAUAAGUAUUGGCUGCGAUAGUGUCUGCUCUAAAAAACAGUGUUCAUCCAGGGAUUUAAGAUGUACAAAAUGUACACUUUAAUUUAUAAGUACACAAUAUCAAGUGGUUUUAAAUAGUUGGCACAGAUAAUGCAGAGGGGAAUUUAAGUCAACUUAACAUUCAAAGCAGGUCGGAUCUUUCAAUUGUUAACCAUGAAUAACAUACAAAGUGCGCUAUAUCUGACUCACUUUCAUGUGAAUUUCGGACCUCAGUUUAUCCUGACAGAAAAUUAUUUAUAAAACACUUAACAGUAGGCUGGUAGGUUGAUUUAUCAAUCAUAUCUUGGUGGACCUGGUGGUAAUAUAGGGCCCGAAAGUGUCAUGUCAUACCAGUGUAUUCUAUCAAUAACAUAACUUCCUUCGUCAUCGUCUAUUUAUCCUUCUUUCGAUAGCACAACCUCUGUAGUAACGAUCUGUCUACCGAUAAAACAACUGCCAUCAUAACAAUCCGUCUAUCGAUAACACAACUACCGUCGAAACGAUCCUUCUACCGAUAACACAACUAACGUAACGAUCUGUCUACCGAUAACACAACUUCCGUCGGAACGAUGUGUCUUAACGGCAACGCAACUUACGUCAUAACGGUCUUGUCUACCGAUAACACAACUCCCAUCGGAACGAUGUGUCUUAACAGUGACACAAAUUCCGUCAAACGGUCUGUCAACAGAUAACACCACUUUCUUCGUCGUGGGUCAUCUACCCAUAGCACAUCCUCUGUCGUAGCGGUCCGUCUACCAAUGACAGAAUCCAUCUGGAUGGGCGGCACAGCAGGGCCUCCUCUGAGUUUCCGGAGAGUUCUCCCGGGUCUUGUUGGGGAUGAACGGGUGUUUCAGCAGCUGUUCCGCAGAGGGUCGCAGUUUCUGGUCACUAGGAUCAGGAGACAGACAGGGUUGUAGUCUGGAGGAAGCAUUUCCAGAAUAAUGGAAAAGUACUCGCAUGUUGAAUACGAUGAAAUAGUCAGGCUAUUGCAGUGGUUAAGGCCUUAUGGCCUUUAACGCUAUCGAACAGGGUACCUUUGGGUAAAAAAGGGUCAAAUACCCUAACCAAUAGGGAGGUUGACUCCCCAUCAAAAGGUUGAUACCUUUCGCAUCACUGCUCCUUAAUAACAUACAAGCAUCUGCUAUUUAGCAUUUCCACCGAUGCUGAUAUGUUUGAACUUAAAAGCUCAUUCAUUGUGUACAACCACAUUACGAUAAAACAUCAGAGUUCCAGGUGGUCUUGAACCCAUGGUCUUCGGAAGGGGAAAAGGCCAUUACUACUGAACUACAGUUAACUUAUCGAUUAGAAAGAAGUGUACAAUUAGAAUGAUGAUGACCGAUGAUUUUAAAUAAUAAAAGGUGCCCCAACUUUUUUUUCUUUUUACCAUAUGACCAAAUGAUCAGAAAGCUACACUGCAGUCGAUGGAGAUCAGAGUUCACCCUCACCUGGUGAGGCAGACGUCGACAAAGCUGCUGGCGUGGCGUGAGAAGCCGUCGGGAAGCGAGGGCAUGGACCCUCUCUGGGCUCCGAUGUAGAACAGGGCGGCCAGCUUGUCCAUGUGGGCUAGCGGGGGCUUCCCGGUCGCCAUCUCAAACACCGUACACCCCACACUCCAGAUGUCCGACUUCCUGCCGUACCCUGACUCGGUAAUGACCUUAAAUGGUAAAAAAACAAACACUUUCAC